AUGGAUUACGACUUCAAAACAAAGCUGGCUGCCGAGCGAGAAAGAGUAGAAGAUCUGUUCGAAUAUGAAGGUUGCAAAGUGGGUCGAGGCACCUACGGGCACGUUUAUAAAGCUAAGCGCAAAGACGGGAUAGACGAGAAGGAAUAUGCACUGAAACAGAUAGAAGGCACUGGAAUUUCAAUGUCUGCCUGCAGGGAAAUUGCACUGUUACGGGAAUUGAAACAUCCAAACGUGAUCGCCCUACAGAAAGUGUUCCUGUCCCACAGCGACAGAAAAGUUUCGCUCCUGUUAGACUACGCUGAACAUGACCUUUGGCAUAUUAUCAAGUUCCAUCGUGCCUCCAAGGCCAACAAAAAGCCCAUGCAACUGCCCAGAGGGAUGGUGAAAUCGCUUCUGUAUCAGAUUCUGGAUGGGAUCCAUUACCUCCAUGCCAAUUGGGUCCUACAUAGGGAUCUGAAACCAGCUAACAUCUUGGUAAUGGGAGAAGGACCUGAACGAGGAAGGGUUAAAAUCGCUGACAUGGGUUUCGCAAGACUCUUCAACUCUCCCCUCAAGCCACUGGCUGACCUCGACCCUGUGGUGGUGACCUUCUGGUAUAGGGCUCCCGAGCUACUCUUAGGGGCCCGGCACUACACCAAAGCUAUUGAUAUCUGGGCUAUUGGCUGCAUCUUCGCAGAGCUGCUAACGUCAGAGCCCAUUUUCCAUUGUCGCCAGGAAGACAUCAAGACCAGUAACCCCUUUCAUCAUGACCAGCUAGACAGGAUAUUCAGCGUCAUGGGUUACCCAGCAGAUAAAGACUGGGAAGACAUCAGGAAGAUGCCUGAAUAUCCAACGCUUCAAAAAGACUUCAGAAGAACAACAUAUGCAAAUAGCAGCUUGAUCAAAUACAUGGAGAAACAUAAGGUCAAACCGGAUAGCAAAGUUUUCCUGUUGCUCCAAAAACUGCUAACAAUGGACCCUACCAAAAGAAUCACAUCAGAACAAGCACUUCAGGACCCCUACUUCUUGGAGGACCCUUUACCAACCACUGAUGUGUUCGCUGGGUGCCAGAUUCCAUACCCAAAGAGAGAGUUUCUCAAUGAGGAUGAACCAGAGGAGAAGACGGAAAAGACUCAACAACACCAGCAGACAACAGGCCAGAACCAGACGCAGAACCAGCAACAAGCGGCGACCCAGCAGGCCCCAUCUCAGCAGAACUCAACUCAAACCAAUGGCACUUCUGGGGCUACGGUAGCCAACGCUGGCGGGGGUUUACACGGGCAGGACCAGGGCGGACCAAAUAAAAAACCUCGUAUAGGGCCCUCUGGUACCUCUUCAGGCACCGGAGUGCUCCAGUCAGAGUACCAGCACUCCACUUCCCGCCUUGGUUACCAAAGCACCCAAGGUCCCAAUCAGCCACAGAGCACCAUGGGAUACACCUCGUCAUCCCAACAAAGCUCCCAGUACUCCCACCAGACCCAUCGUUACUGA